AUGAUUUUUGAAAAUUUAUUUCAAAAGUAUCGCAAGACCGACGCAACUUCAUUAUUUGUGUUGAAAAGUUUUGUGUCAAUAUUACUUUUGAUAUCUGUAUUGGGAUAUACUUGGAUAAUAAUUUGGGGAAUUUACAAUGACAAUCCUGUCGUUCAGAAUUCUUUGAAAGAAGAAAAUUACAUGCCUAUUCCAGCUGUUGACAUUGAAAUAUUUCAAACUAUCUAUAAGACAAAUAUAAGUACGAAAAUUAGUUGCAAUUUUGUAAAUGCUAGUGGUAUUCACGACUGUAACCGAUAUAUAAAGUCUACCAAUAAACGUAAAACUGAUUUAAUAGCUAGCAGAACUUUUUUGGCUAGAGAUUUAAUGUUUUCCGCAGUACCUAAUAAUGGAAUAAGUUCUUUGGAAUUUAAGAUUUACUUGAACGAUACUAGUUAUAAUAUAAGCAAUAGGUUAGCACCAUUUACAAUACCAUAUAUUAUUACCAAUCAGUCUUAUAAAUUAAAAAUAAAAAGAAAAAGAAAAGAACUUAUGCUACCGAGCUGGGAAAAUUAUAUAGGAUUUUCGUCUAAACUUGAAAGUAUACCGUAUUUUACAUCAAAAUUGGAAUCAUCUCCACUCUUAAAUAAUAUCGAAAAUCCAACAAUAUUGCCUGCAAAAUUAAUAAUUGAACCGCAGUCGUUUAUUACUCAAGUUGAAACUGAUAAAAGGUUUAUAUUAAGCACUAAUGCUAUUAAACCAUGGGGACUGACGCAAAAAUACGGGUUUAAAAUAAAUAAAUCAGUACAAACAAAGUUAAAAAACACUUUAGAAUUUAUUCCACUUGUUAAUCAUCCGAAAACUUCUAAUAAUUUAAAUACUCAUGAAUUGAAAAGAAGACUUGAUUCGUUGCAAAUAUUUCUAACAGAAUAUGUUGUUGAUGUACAUUAUUUGGAAAAAAUUUAUAAAGCUAAUAUAAAUGAAAAAGGUCGACCAAGGGAAAAGAUUUGGGAUUAUUAUAUUGCAAGCAAUGUUGUUGGUGACUGUAGUGCAACUUGUCAUUAUUGUUCAAAGUAUUGGAGUUGUGGAUGCCCUGGAGAAAUGGAAGCCCAUCUUGCGAAUAUCUGUCCUGAUGAACUAACAAAUUCAGUAAAUGAGACUGUAAUUUCAGAUAUUGACGAAUUUUUACUCUAUUCAAAUCAAGAACUUUUAUCGCCGAAUACUCAGGAACUUUCACCAACAAACAUUCAAAAACUUUCAUCCUUAAACAUUCAAGAAUUUCUACUAUCAAACCUUCAAGGACUUUCUCUAUCAAACGAUCAAGAAAUUGCUUCACCAGAAGUUAUUGAACAAACUGAUACUCUUACGAUUUCGGAAGUUAUCAAUAUUACAAAUUUAUCAAUCGAAACUGACGGUCAAUUGAAAGUUAAUAGGUCACAUGGAGCUGCAAUUAGAUUAGUAAUGUGGCACAAAACUUUAUUAUAUAAAGAAUUUAUUGCUAUCGUUGUGGAGUAUUAG